AUGCCGCUGGUGAAGAGGAAUAUCGAGCCCCGGCACCUGUGCCGGGGGGCUCUUCCCGAGGGGGUGACGAGUGAGCUGGAAUGUGUCACCAACAGCACGCUGGCUGCCAUCAUCAAGCAGCUGGGCAGCCUCAGCAGGCACGCAGAGGACAUCUUCGGAGAGCUGUUCAACGAAGCCAACAGCUUCUACAUGAGGAUGAACUCGCUGCAGGAGAGGGUGGACCUGCUGGUCAUCAAGGUGACGCAGCUGGACUCUACGGUGGAGGAAGUUUCGCUGCAGGACAUCAACAUGAGGAAAGCCUUCAAGAGUUCCACAGUGCAGAACCAGCAGGUCGUGUCUCGCAACUCCAUCCCCAACCCAGUGAUGGAGAUGUACCAGCGCUGCGACAAGCCCCCGCCGCUCAACAUCCUCACGCCCUACAGGGAUGACAAAAAGGAUGGUCUCAAAUUCUACACUGACCCCUCCUACUUCUUCAACUUAUGGAAGGAGAAAAUGUUGCAGGCAACAGAAGAUAAGAGAAAGGAGAAGCGCAGGCAGAAGGAGCAGCGGCUGGUGGAAGACUCCACCCGGGAGGUGAAGAAAGUGAGGAAAGCCCGUAACCGGCGCCUGGAGUGGAACAUGAUGGCCUAUGAUAAAGAGUUCCGGCCCGAUAACAGGUUCUCACCAUCCCCCUAUCACAUGGCAUCAUCGGAAGGAUCACUGUCCCCAGAUAAUAGAUCUUACGCAUCGGACGCUGCCGAC